CACCCACGGUAUAGCAAGAUUGAAUCUCAGAAAAUCUUCCCACCAUCACCUAUAAAUACCCUCACUGCCCCACCAGUGAUCAGACAAAUCUCUUCUCAUCAUAUUUUCUUUGUUAAAUUUCCUGUGUUAAAAUUCUCUUUUGCAAUCAAACUUUAGUUCACCAUGUCUGAGGAAAAGCACCACCACCACCACCUCUUCGGCCAUCACCAAAAGGAAGAGGACAAGCCCGUCGACGUUGUCUACACCGAGACUGGCUAUGGCGAGGUGUCGCCGCCAUCUGACUACGCUGAGGUUGACUACAAAAAGGAGGAGAAGCACCACAAGCACCGAGAGCACCUAGGCGAGCUCGGUGCUGCUGCAGCUGGUGCUUACGCUUUGCAUGAGAAGCACAAGGCGAAGAAGGAUCCAGAGCAUGCACACAAGCACAAGGUCGAGGAAGAGAUUGCAGCGGCUGUUGCAGUGGGAGCUGGAGGAUACGCCUUCCAUGAGCACCACGAGAAGAAAGAGGCCAAGAAGGAAGACGAAGAGGCUCAUGGCAAGAAGCACCACCAUCUCUUCUAAGCGUGUGCUUCUUAAUUAAGAUUAUUGUUAAUUAAUUAUGUGUUCAUUUUCCGUAUUUUGUGUUGUGUUUGUUUGUUUAAUAUCACGUACGUACGUAUGUAUGUAUGUAUGUAUGUUUGUACCAGUGAGCAACUGCCCUAAAUAAUAUCUGAGUGUGUGGGUCGCUGCUUUGUGAGUGCUCUACUGGGGAUGGCUUCAGCAUUUGCCAUUUGUUGUUUAAUGUUUACAAUAAUAAUAUUUCAGAUCUUUUU